UGAAAAUAUCCGUCCACAUCCGUCAAACUGGCAUGUUCCACGUAAUGGGAGUGUGAUUUUAGAAGGACUAUUUUAGAGAAAAUAAUACCUUAAAGCGUAUCUAACUGUGAUGUAUUAUUAAAAAUACCUGAAGGGCAUUUUGUUAUCGGUUUAUGACGACAUAAGAUAGCAAUAAAAACCCAAGAUGAAGGUCUGGGCCUUAGUCCUGGUCGCGGCAUUUGUGAUUAUCGGCAUUUCUGCGGUAGACAAAAAUAAAUUUAAAACAUGCAGUCAGUCCGGCUUUUGUAAAAGGCUCCGCCCUUUCAAACCAGAAAAAUCUCAGUAUAGUUUGAAUUUGGACAGUAUUUUAGUUCACGGCAACGUUCUAUCCGCUGAGGUGGUUACCAUUGACGCUGCGGAUGAAAAGCGAACAGUUUUGUGGAAAUAUGCCUUCAAGUUAUCAGCGCUGGCCGAUGGCACGUUCCGUGUGGAGCUCGAUGAAGCGGAUCCUCUAUACCCAAGAUACAGGACGCAGCUGGCGUUGGAUGGGGAACCGAAGGCAGACGGAUUAAAACUGAUUUCGAAAGACGAUGGAAAAGUUAUUCUCGUCAACACGCAAGGGCAUAAAGUCAUCAUAACAUCCGAACCUUUGAAACUCGAAUUCUUGGACCAGAAUGGAGAAGUAGCGGUCGUUCUCAACGAGAACUCUCAGCUGCUCGUGGAGCCUCUAAGGGCGAGAAGGGAAAAGGUAGAGGACGAAGACGGUGAUGGGGCUAAUCAGUUGGAUGAUGAGGAAGGAACUUGGAGUGAGACCUUCCAGUCCCAUCACGACUCCAAACCUCGGGGCAACGAAGCAGUUUCGCUCGACGUUGUCUUCCCUGAUGCGGAUCACGUCUACGGUAUACCGGAGCACACGGACGGUUUGGCCCUGAAGACGACCACGUCCGGCGACCCGUACAGGCUGUACAACCUGGACGUCUUCGAAUACAUAUUGGACAGCAGGAUGGCGAUAUACGGCUCGGUCCCGGUUAUGUACGCACACGGCCCGAAACGGACCGUGGGCGUGUUCUGGCACAACUCCGCCGAGACCUGGAUCGAUGUGGUCAACUACGGGGAAGGGAACGUGGUCUCGUCGCUCGUCAACCUGGUCACCGGGGGACAGAAGAAACGCGUCGAUGCAAGGUUCCUGAGCGAGUCCGGCAUCGUGGACAUGUUCGUGCUGAUGGGCUCCACCCCCGGGGACGCGUUCCGGCAGUACACCGCGCUCACCGGGACCACGCCGCUGCCGCCAAAAUUCUCGCUGGGCUACCACCAGUGCCGCUGGAACUACAUGGACGAGGCGGACGUGCGCUCCGUCGACGAGAACUUUGACGUGCACGACAUCCCCAUGGACUCCAUCUGGCUGGACAUCGAGUACACCAACAAGAAGAUGUACUUCACGUGGGAUGUGGUCAAGUUUCCGCAUCCGGCGGAAAUGGUGGCCAACCUGACGGCCAAAGGAAGGAAGAUGGUUGUCAUCGUGGAUCCGCACAUCAAACGCGAACCUGGAUAUUUCUUACACGAGGACGCGACUGAAUUAGGGUACUACGUCAAGGACAGAGACGGCAAGGAUUAUGAGGGUUGGUGCUGGCCUGGCUCGUCGUCGUACCCGGACUUCUUCAACCCGGUGGUCAGCCGGUACUACUCGGACCGGUACAGGUUCGAGAACUUCCCCGGGACUAGCAAGGACGUCCACCUGUGGAACGAUAUGAACGAGCCCAGUGUCUUCAACGGUCCAGAGGUCACCAUGCCCAAGGACUGUCGCCACUACAAGCCGCCUCAGGAUGGUCUAGAGGGGCUGGCGGCUUACUGGGAGCAUAGGCACGUGCACAACGAAUACGGGCUGUGGAACCUGCGCGCCACCAACACGGGGCUGCUGGACCGCGCCGACGGCGUCUACAGACCCUUCCUGCUCACGAGGGCCGUGUUCGCAGGCACCCAGAGAUACUCUGCGGUAUGGACAGGUGACAAUACGGCGGAGUGGUCGUUCCUUGCGGCUUCCGUGCCGAUGUGCUUGUCACUGGCAAUAGCCGGGAACAGUUUCUGCGGUUCUGACGUCGGAGGAUUCUUCAAGUAUCCCGAAGCUGAGCUCAUGACGAGGUGGUACCAGGCGGCCGCGUUCCAGCCGUUCUUCCGGGCCCACUCGCACAUCGAGACCAAGCGGCGCGAGCCCUGGCUGUACCCGGCCGCCACCACCGCGCUCAUCCGGGACGCCAACCGCAAGAGAUACGCGCUGCUCGACUUCUGGUACACUCUGUUCUACGAGCACACGGUGGACGGGCUGCCGGUCAUGAGGCCCCUGUUCCAGCACUACCCCGACGAGCCGGCCACCUACCCCAUCGACGACCAGUACCUGCUCGGGGACGCGCUGCUGGUGAAGCCGGUGACGACGGCUGGGGCGAGCUCCGUGGAGGUAUACCUGCCCGGGGACGGCCCGUGGUACGACGUGGACACUUACGUGCCGCACAAAGGACCCCGCAUCACGCAGCCGGUCACCAUCUCCAAGAUCCCGGUGUACCAGCGCGGCGGAACCAUAGUGCCGCGCCGGGAGCGCGUGCGACGCUCCUCCGCGCUGAUGGCUGACGACCCCUUCACCCUGGUGGUCGCGCUCGACGCUAACAACUCUGCUCGCGGCUCUCUGUACAUCGACGACGGCGAAACCUACGAGUACAAGAACAAUAAGUACAUCUACGCCAAGAUCGAGUUCGGCCCCGACGAGAUGACGUACACGCUCGCGAGCGAGGGCGCCCAGUACCCGACCGGGGCGUGGCUGGAGCGCGUGGUGGUGGCCGGCAUCAGGGCGGCGCCGCGGAGUGCCCGGCUGCAGCAGGACGGGCGGCAGACGGCGCUGCAGAUGACGCUGCACAAGGGCAACGACGUGCUGGUGCUGAGGAAGCCGGCCGCUAGCAUGGCCAGACCCUGGACCAUCACCUUCGCCUACUGAUGCGACACUCGACGCUCUGAUAGUGUACGUGAUCUGCAUUCGUCGAUCGCCUCUUAGAUAGGAAUUAGCUCGAAAUUUGACUAUGUCAGAUAUAUUGACAUGUCAUAUGAAUUGACAUAUCCGAAUUUCUCUGUUCACAUACAUAUAAUAUUGGAUCCGCGUCUAUGGCUUCGUACUCUUUAUGUCACAAACACGUGACGAAUGAUUGGAAGAGAAAUUCAGAUUUUUUUUUAAUAAUAGGCAACCGGACAAUAAAUGUAAAUGAUUUUCGCCAGAUGAAAUUCGACUAUAAUGACAGACAACUCAAGGUCUAGCUUCGUUUGACAUCUUUCUCUUUAGCUUUCUUAAUAACGUUUAAACAUAGACACAUAGAUAGCAUCGGGGCUUGUUCGAUAACUCCUAGACGCGAACAAAAGAUUUGGUCGAGAAACAACCGAGAAAAUGUUAGCGCACCGUUGUGCGGGUUCUUAUUAGAUCAAAACCAAAGAUCAUUUAAAAAAAAAUCACUAAUUUAAUAAAUUAUUAUAAUAAUGAUCAAAUUUUUUAUUCGCUGUAUAAAAUUGAAUAGCACAACGUUUUCCUAACUUCAGACAAACCGGCAACUUCAACGCGUGAUGUCACAUGUGGUUAUUGAUUGUGUUAUGCGCACGAUCUAAGGUUAAGGGCUGUAUGAGCUUAGAUCCCCUUGCCUUUCCUAAUAAGGAGAAAUAGUACCAAAAAAAAGAUCUAUGGUUAGUUCGUGGAUUUUGGCCCCAAAUGACGUCACACGUAACGGAGUUGCGUUCGCGCGAUAUUGCUUAGGAUUUUGUACACCGAAAACUUACCGAUUGCCUAUUGUUACGGAGUAGCACAACCAUAAAUAUUAAUUUAUCGACAAAAGCGGAUGAUAAACACUAACAGAGUUGUCUAAUGUCUCUUAGAAAUGUGUAUUGUAAACUAAUUUUAUUGAUAUCAUACGAAUGACAGUGAUUGAUUGAAUUUAGUUAUAGAUCAAACGGUCAUCAGAUGUCUGUAUCGUUUACAUGAUAUUUUAAAACAAUUUUUAAUUUAAUAAAAAUUUAAAAUAAACCAAUGCAUUUA